AUGCAAAUUCCUGGUUUCCUCAAUACCGGCCUCCCUGGCAAACGAUCGUGCGAUAAUCUGCGUUAUAACUCCAGCGUGGGGGUCCAGAAGAGUUUCUACCUCACCGACGAUAUCCGGCAGAUUGCCAUGACCCUCGACUCCCACCCCAUUGUCGAUUAUCCCGACGACGUCAUGAAUGAUCCUAAUAUGAAGGUGACGGAUAUUGUUGAACAGAGCUGGGCUCGUCUCUCUGGUUCCAGUGUCUGGCUACCAGAGCAGGGAGUGUACCUCUCGGUGACUCGCGUCAUAUUUUGCCCGACCCGAACUCGAUCCGUCCCCAAGAUGAGUUUCCUGAGAGGUCAAGUCUUCAAUAAAGAUUGGGAGCCAUUGAGCAAUCAUACCAUCACAUGGGGUGGAAAGGACUUCAAUUUCCCCCUGGUUUUUGAUAUCCCAGCGCAGUGGGAACAAGAUGGCAACUUAUACGGCCCUGAAGACCCUCGAAUCAUUCUUGAGGAUGAAGUUGAGGGUGCUGAACCUGUGAUCAUCUUCAACAUGAUUGGAAAACGCUCAGACUGGAAGCGAGCCAUGUAUAUUCUCCGCCCUUUCUCAAACCAUACCACCAUUCUCACCAUCAAGGACACUGAACGACAAUGGACCGAGAAGAAUUGGGCACCUUUCUUCAUCCCCUACAAGGAGCCUGUCACUAAGGUCAGCAAAGGAAACAAACAGGCAUUGACGAACGUUCCCACUGUACGAACGGAGAACGAAUACAUCCAUUUUGUCUACAGUUUCAAGCCACUGCAGAUUCUGAAAUGCCAUCUGCGCUGCGGUGACUGCGAAUUUGUCUACGAGCAGAUCGUUCCGGAGAAUUUCCACAGUAAGCACAGAGAAGACGGUGGGAGUCUGCGUGGAGGCACCAAUUUUGUACCAGUACCUAUACCCGCACACAUGCGUGUGGAUCCAAGGGUGCGUGUUUAUGCAGCCUUCCCGCGCACCAACAUUGAGCAGCAUUGCUCUGGCUCCUUUUACCGGCCAGAGUUCGUCGUCAUGGUUCUGAUUGGUGACCAAUUCCAUCUGGCAUUCGCCAGCGAAUCGCUUGACUUUGGCAAUGCUAUUAUCGAACUGGGACCCGACGACGAUCGUUGCGACAAGGGACGAAUUCUUAUUCCCAACAGCGUGGCUCAGUGGGAUACUGAGAACGGCCAGGACGUCAUGAGCGUGACAUUCAGUGUCAACGAUGAGACAGUGCAAGUUGCGCGUGUGGAGGGCAUCCUAGAAUUCGUUCACCGAAUGCCUCAAUUUAACAACUUGCUUAGCAUGGACGGGCCAUUGAAGGGCGCCGAUACUGAUUUGAUGAACAUGCUUUCUUCAUGGGUUGGAGACGACCUCCGCGGUUGCUUGGUUGAGGCCGCUCUCAACUAUACCGAGGCUGCUCAAGAAAUCACCCAUCCCCACGACGAUGACGAAGAUUUGGACCCAACAAAGGAAUUGCUCCGCAAGAUCCACUUGGAACAAGAAGAAGAGGAGGAACUUGAGGCAUUGGAGCUGUCGCAAGAGGGCAGCCUCUUCGAAGAUCUCAAGGAGGACGAUACCGAAGGAAUCCCAGAUCAAGAAGAAGACGAAGAAGACCACGGUGACGAAGAGGAGGAAGGUGACGAGCGGAGUGAAGAGGAUGCCGAUUCCGACAAGAGCGACAAGAAAAUGGAAGGACUCAAAGCCAAGGAGAAGGAGGAAAAUGGCGAAGAGAAACCAGAAGGGCAGCCUCCAAAACGAGACCUACAUUUGCACCGACAUGCUGCACAACAUCGCAGAUUGAGAUCUUGA